AUGGCUGGACAUAAUGAUCCAAAGCUCCUCUACGCCAUCAACGGUAUCCAUGCCUACCACAUCGAGAAUGGCAAGGAAGAGUGCAUCACGCCCGCAGGCGCGCAAACUUUAUCGCUACUCAUGGUCCCGACAUCGUCACCAUUCUCCGGGCUGUCCUCCGCCGACCCUCAAUCUGCUGGUCCGGAAGAGGACUUCUACCUCCAUCUCCACUUGCCUCCCGAGCUCGACCUCCCUCUUCCUGCGACCACACAGAUAUACCACCAGCCUCCCAACAGCUAUCUCAUUCCACGAUGGGAUCUGGGCCCAGAAAACGGUGCAUUCACGAGGUUACAGUUCCCUCGCGUUGAUGAAGGAAAGGGAAUCCAGGAUGAUAUCGAUACCUUUGAGACGAUUCUCGCGCAAUGUACAGCUUUCUUAGAGCGAGCCUCGCCACCAAGGUCCGCGCGCCCGAAUACAUCGCGGUCCCAAGGUUCUAAAGAGUUGCCAAUUGCUCCGUACGAUCCAUCAGCAUUCAAACCAGGAGAAGCCUACGUACCUGGAAGCGCCAGCUCUCACGUUGGCGGCAAAAUCGUUCUCAUUGACGAGGAAAAUGGAAGCGUGGUCGGGGAACUGGGUGAAGGAUUCCAUGUUGUGGAAGACAGCAACAUGAAGGCGGGCAACAAAGACCCUGUCGAGAUCACACUUCCCCAAAAUGGAUCUUCCAAUAUCGGCGUUGCGCCGGCUUCUGAAGAGUACCUUGAAAUGGCCAUGCACCCAGCCUACAAGAACUCCAUGCUGAUCUCAAAGGCGGCUAUGGCAUCCCGCCUGAUUGUCACGACCUCGAGCAGCGUAUCCAAGAUUCUGCAAACCCAAGCCGACAGCUUCACCCAAAAUACGAAACCCAACUCUAAGCCUAUGACUUUUGACCCUACCACGCACACGCGCCUCCGAAAAGUGCACACUUUCUCUGAAGGCGCAGCUGGUCUGAGUGCCAAGACGGUAGGACAGGUCAGCAAGUACGCACAGAAUCUGGGAGCUUCGCUAGUCAACCGUGGCGAGAAGGCUAAUCAUAGGGGAAUCGGCCCUGAUGGCAAGCCCGUUAGCGGGUACAAGCCAGGACUGCUGAACAAGAGUUUGAUGGCGUUCUCUACUAUUGCAGAUGGAGUCGACCAAGCUGGCCGUAAUCUCCUGGCCUCUACAUCGACUGCUGCAACGACUGUUGUAACGCACAAGUACGGAGCUGAAGCUGGUGAGGUAACGAAGAACAUUGGUGGUGGUGUCAAGAACGUUGGGUUAGUUUAUAUCGAUGCCACCGGUGUAUCGCGGAGAGCUAUUAUAAAGUCGGUCGCUAAGGGCAUGGUGAUCGGCAAGAUGAGGGGCGGAGGGGAUCUGGUGGUUGGUGGUGGUGAUGGAGGUGUGAUGACAGCGUCGCCGAACGUUACGCAGAACUGGAAGGAAAAAGAGGCUUUCCAAGAGCGGGACACGGACUAUGUGAGCAUGACCGGUGGCAGGGGCACGCCUGAUAUCAUUGGUUUUGGAAGACAGACUCUGCCCGCCUAUGGACAUACUGGCCCAGGGGAGAGCUUGGAAGGGCAGAAAGCCUAUCCAAGUGCUAUGAGGCAAUGA